UAGAGCUAGACUCAUUAGGUUUCAGGCUCCCUUCAAAUCUUCAAAGUAUGUAUAUUAUAGUACUGGCAACAAUGGUUAGGUAUUAACCUGCAGAGGAUGCGGUGGUUUUUAUUCCGUCAUUAUGCAUGAAACGCUUAGCUACUGCGCAUGUGCAGAAAGCCGCAGUUAGUUAUAAAAGCCGGCGCACGAACAACUCCGCCAUUUCAAUCGCUGUUCAUGCUGAGAUGGGCUAUAGUAUACAGGAUAACCUCCUCCGAGUUCUUCUCUGCUGCUGCCUGUGGCUGCUUCGGCCGUCGCUUGGUAUGCCGACGGUGCAGACCCUCGGCGAAAUUACUAUGAGACGACUAAACUGGACGAGAGAGGGCGUUUCUGGCUACACGGCAAGUGAGCCGUUGUACGUGGUGUUGUACGAUAUCCUAAAGUUUCAGUGCGAAGAACGGAGCACCGAUUUUGUAUACUUACUGCGGGAAGAUGCAUACAAAAAUGUCAGUGAUGCUUGCAGUUCAUCAGGGAUUGUGGAAGAAUCGACCUUGAGCUCUCUGUGCAGACCGCGGCCCAUCGCCGACUGCAGACAGACCCAACCAGAGAAGAGAGUGGACGGAGCAAAUCAACUGCCAGUUCUUGCUACAUUGCAAGCUUCAUACCUGGCACGUCGUACUACCUGGCAAGUUUCCCAUCUAGUGGAGAUAAAAGUCGAUGUCUGUUUGCUUUGCCAUUGAAAGUGUGUCCACUGUAUGAUUCAGACUGUCCUCCGUCAGGGACCCCUUCUACUCCAUCCCCCUCACCCUCAAUUACAACCUUCAUUUCCUCGACACUACCCCCGACCACUGGCCUCUCUCCUGGAAGUGGUAGUGGAUUUCUAUCUUCUGCUCCAGCCCCCACCACCUCCUCCCUGCCCACUCCUUCAUUGGUCCCGACUCCCACCACCAUCACUGACUCUGCCUCGGGUGUUCAUUCUAUGCUGACAAUAGUUGUGUGUCUCUGCGCUCUACUACUAGUCUCUUUCUUUAGUCAAUAGUGUGUUCUUACUAGUCAAAUUUCAUUACUUUUUAAACCUUGUUCUCAUUUGUAAUAAAUUAUUAUGAUAUUAUCAUGGAAUGCAUAAUUCAUAAUGAUUGUUGGGCAUGCAGUUAGCUAUUGGGCAUCCGAGCGACCUGUUCUUGCAUUAUGCUGAUUUGUACUUUAGCAGUAAGGCAUAAUAAUAUAGCACUUAACAGACGAUAUCUCUGAGUUCUCAACAUAAAUACUAUUAUAAUGAAAAGCACUGAAGUGCAAACCCUCGGCGUUCUGUGACGCGCACGCGUAAGUAAACGCAUGCGCCGUACUACUAAUUGCUGGGCUGGGUUUAGUUUUAGCUGUUACCCGUGGUCUCUUGCCAGCUCGCGCAGAGUCUGACGCGGGCUAACUACACUACUAGAUAGCAUGCGAGAGGCGAUACACGCCAUGCGUUGCAUCUUCUGGUGCCUCCGAGGUACGCAGAGCACGCGGAUCGAUCAUGCCGUAGUAAGCCGUUGUGUAUUUGCAUAUUGGCUUUUUCGCGCUCUAGCUCUGCAACGGAGCGUUUUCAGCGAAAACCCCACAUAUUUUCUGACCUUCAUUGCCCGUUCAGUAGGUGGUAUCCUUUGUGAGACGAACGAACACUCGAGAAGUGAGAUGACGAGUAACAGAC